AUGCAAAAUUCCACAGAUCCACAUCCGGCAUAUUUCACCCUUGGAUACAGACAGCUCACAUCUAUACGAUACUUCUACUGUAUAUUGGUGUUGGUGGGAUACUUGAUGAACGUUGUGUCCAACAGUCUGAUUAUCGCUGCUGUGAUUAUACACAAAACAUUACACGAACCGGUUUAUAUAUUUAUUAGUGCUUUGUGCUUAAAUGGAAUAUUUGAAAGUAUGUACUUUUACCCCAGUAUUUUUUCUGCCUUGCUCUACAAAGUUCAGGUAAUUUCUUACUCAUUUUGCUUGCUGCAAGCAUUUUUAAUUCAUCUCUAUGGAUGUUUUGAGAUGACGACACUAUCAGCGAUGGCGUUUGACCGUUAUGUGUGCAUCUGUAACCCUCUGAGAUACAACAACAUCAUGUCCCUCUCAACUGUGUACAAGAUAAUUGGGGGAAGUUGGACUUAUUCCAUUGUAGCAUUUGGUACUCACGUGCUAUUGACCUACAGGCUCCCUUUGUGCGGAGCAGAAAUUUUAAAGAUCUACUGUGACAACUGGUCAAUAGUGAGACUUUCUUGCAUUGAUACCACCAUCAAUAAUGUCUUUGGACUUUUUAUUGUCUCUACAUUCGUUUGCUUGCUCCUAAUGCUAAUAAUGUACUCCUAUAUUGAGAUUCUCAGGGUUUGUGCACGAUCUUCACAAGCUGUCAUUGCUAAAGCCUUGCAGACCUGCACUCCUCAGCUGAUAACCACCUUCAACUUUGUGGCAGGUUCACUAUUUGAUAUAUUUCUCUAUAGGUAUAUCCCUACUAUUGUCCCUUAUGAGUUUCGUGUGUUCAUGUCAUUGGAGUUCCUUGUGGUGUCUCCCAUUCUGAAUGCUUUGGCUUACGGGCUAAAGAUGACAGAGUUGAGAACAAAAAUAUUCCAGCCCUUUAAUCUCAAAAAAAUUGCAGGGAAUACCUUAAGCAUGUAG